AUGAAGUCUAAUGAUGCAAAUGAUAUAUGGAACAAAGGUGUGGUGGGUAUGAAUAAAUCAGCAGGGAAAAAGCGGGAAAAUAUAGACAUCAUGGACAGCACAAAUGAGAAGAAAAGAAAUCCACCUCCAAAUCCUACUUUAACCGAAAAGUCCAAAGAAAUUGCUACUACAACUGAGGAAGUGUUGCAUACGGUUACUGAACUUUUGAUAACCGAACCCCAGAAUCGUUUAGGAUUUGUGGAUCUUAUUUUCGGAGGUCUAAAUUACUCAAUAUCCUUAAAUACGAGUGAUUUAGCAAACUUUGACAAAUACAUUGAGAACGAAGAUGAAAAACAAGUUACAAGGCAUGUGAAUGUAAUUGCACAUGGAUCAGUACAAAAAGCAAAUGUAAGAGACAUUCAACAACAUUCAACAACCAUACCAUCAUUUGGUAAGAAUAAAAAUAAUAUCACCAUUAACUCAUUGAAAUCAUCAAUCGUUGAUAAUACAUUAGAAUCAAGUUCUGGAAGUUUAAUUUUUACUAGUACAAAUGACAGUGAAAAUUACUUUACAACCUCAACUUCAAAUACCACUAUUACUAGUAGCUCUAUCAAUAAUAUUAUAGAAAAAGAUUCAUUAUUACCAAACCCAUUUAUUACAACUGUAACUACUGAUAAUAGUAAUAUUAAUUAUAAUCCACAAAUUGAAUCUCAAGAAUUAGUAAUCGUAAGUGAUAAUGAUUUAGCAAUAAUAACAGCGACUGAAUCACAAUUAGAAAGUGUAGAAGAAUCCAAAUUAUAG